AGAUGUUGGUUCAGCAUAUUGACUACAACAGAUGUCUAAUAUGUAAAAGAUGUAAGACAGCAUACGGUUUUUUUUAUCGAAACUGCACAAAGUAGUCUACUGUGUUUCAAUUGUGGAAUUAAUUUACUUUUUUUUUCUGCCGAGCGCUAUUAUAUAUCAAACACAAACAAUUUGUAUUUACCAACGUGCUAGCGAGAGUAAAAUCAUUAAAAUAGAAAACACGUUUGAGAUUAGAGUGCGUGAACUUAAAUGACCGCAAAUUACCUGUGAAAAAAAAAGACUACGAUGCGCUGAUAAAAUCAAUUACAUUUGAAUCAGAAACGUGAAUUUGCCUACACAUUGUAUUUCAAUAGUGGUAACAAUAACGAAGCCGAUCAAAUAAAACAAUGUUAAAUAGGCGAUAAACAUUUGCAUUGGAUGUCAAAUAGAAAAAAAACGUUAUCAAAGUGUGUUCAAAAACAGAAAUAUAUAUCGUGAACAUUUAUUACAAUAAACGUUUUACUUUCGCGUCACUAAUCUAUUAUUAUUAAUAAUUUAUUUGUUGUAAAGACAAUCAAAUGAUGAUAAAAAUAGAGUACAUUCACUGAUAAAUUGAAUUCAUAACAUAGGUGCAUACAUUACACUUAUUGAUGCAUUUCGGCAUUGAAAAUACAACGGAAAAUGUACUUUUUAGCCAUUACAAUUAUUUCGUUUGAUAGCACAGUGUCAUCAAUAACAUCAUCAAAGCAUCGUUUUGUUUGAUUCAAUCGUCUGAAGCAUCGUUAUAUCCAUCGCAAACGUUCUUUUAGCUCUUUUACCUGCCAUUGAUUCAGUGCUUUAUAGAACAAAAUAAAAUAACAACAAUUGAUCGAGACAGAAAGAGUUAUAGAACAAAACAUGUUCAGCAUAAUGAAAAUGUACAUGCUCUUCAUAGGUUCGAAUAUAAUUAUUGUCGCAUCAAUGUCAAAUUUUCAUAGCGAUAAACAUACUAAUCAGACGUCCACUACCGAAAAUGGUUUGCAUUUCAAGUGGAAUAGCCAGCGUAUUGACUCGGCGGAACGAAUUCGCCGCUUAAUACCCUAUAUGACAUUUUACAUUCCAACAUCAAGCAGAGACUAUCUUCCUACAUCUCCAUAUCGGCCCAUCAAUAAACCCAUGAAUCCAUAUAUUUAUCAUGAAUCGGCAACGAUACCAACAAAUUACAAUGCACAGCAUUUGUAUUUGCCAUCAGCUGGGGCGGCGAUACAGAGAAAGCCAACUUAUGUUGAUGACAAAAUUAAAAACAAGCUCAAACAAUCACAACCGAUAACAAAAAAUACGUAUGUAACACCUUUAGUCGAUGUAGUCGUACCACAACAAUCGUAUCAAUUAAAUAGUGAUGUUUAUAACAAUGAGGCAGGAACGCAGUUAAUUCGUCCGGCUGCUUAUUCAAAUGAAAAUGGAGAAAAUCUCACACCAUUUUUGCCAUCUAAUCAAGUGCCCGGCCCAUUUCGACCGAUUAUUUCACCGAAAAAUUAUACACAUGAUUUUCCAAAUACAUUAAAUCGACCGAACCGUAUAAAAUACUCAAAUAAAAGUCCAGUUUUAAAAGAAUCAAUACCGUUAGCAGUUACAAAUACACAUCAGCUACGACCAGAGUCACAUAUUCAGGCGUAUUAUGUGGCAUCAUCAACAUCAUCAACCGAACAACCAAUCACAAACAAUGGCAUUGAUGAUAAUUCAGUACAACAAGUAUAUCUAAUAAAACCAAUUUUAAAAUCGGAGAUUAACGACCACAAAUCAGUAAUAAAAAUGAAUUAUCCACAACGUGCACAACAACGUUACAAACAAUUCGCAAAGAAUAUACAAACGACAAAAGCAACGAAAAUCAACUAUGACAUAGAUCCAGACGAUGGUUAUGGUGGCCGAGUACUUCUUCCAUAUGAAUCUUACUAUACAAAAGAUUAUAAAAGUGUGCCGCACAUUCAGUCGACGGUGCAUUCAUCCUAUUUACAGAAACCAACCGCUAAACCGGUGAAUAAUGAGUACAAUUAUAAACCCGAACCGACUAUUAACGCUUUCGAACCUGUGUCAUACGAAUCAUACAAAAAUACUCAUCAACAUUUGACGGAAACCACACCAAUUGGUCUUCAGACAAAUCAAAAUCAAUCGACAAUUGAAAUUAAACCGAUCGCAUACGGUAACUUGAUUUCAACCACAUCAAGUCCAAAACCAUUACACGAUAUUCUCUAUAAUAUGAAUAAAACUUCACUUCAAUUGCUGCUAACAAAAUUAAAAGAAAAUAAUUACUUGCCAAAAACAUUUACAAUGAAUAAACUGGACAAUUCAUUGAGAACCCUUACAAAAGUGUUGAGCGAUUUAAAAAAGACCCAAAAACCCAUUCAAAAUGAUCAACAUUCACCAUUAUAUCCGGUACGGUAUCCACCAAAACAUCAACCCAUUAAAGACACAUUUGAAAAUUUGCAACCGAUAUACCCACUCCAAAGCAAUGAAGCCCCUGGACCACAGUCAGGUGAACCGGGCGUAGAUUUUCCGGUUUUUUCCGUGAUACCAAAGACAAGUUUCAAUUGUUCAGAACAAAGGUAUAAGGGAUUUUUUGGUGACCCAGAUACAAGUUGUCAGGUUUGGCACUACUGUGAUUUGAAUGGUGGUCAAGCAUCAUUUCUCUGUCCAAAUGGCACGAUUUUCAAUCAAGUGCUAUUGACGUGUGAUUGGUGGUUUAACGUGAAAUGUUCUUCAACAGCGCAGCUUUAUGUUCUCAAUGAAAGAUUAUAUAAAUAUAUUUUACCACUGAAUCCAAAAUUCCCCGAAGACUAUAGCGGACCUUUAGUCGAUAAAUAUCUAGCCAUAAAAUAUCAAGAAAUGGAAGAAAAAAUGCAACAUGAAAGAACGCGGAAUCGAGUGAACAACAAUGAGGAUAUCGAAACUGAUAUCGAUACAACAUCAACUGAAGACAUAACACUAAUGGGUGAAACCGAUUCAAUGCAAACAACCACAACAGAAAAUUCCAUAAUCAUAACAUCUGACACGGAACCAACUACACCCGAUUAUCGAAAUUACUAUCAAACAACAACAUUUAUACCGCCACUGCUUCCACCAUUGCCACCGCCACCGAAGUUUCACGUGGAGAGUGAACGGGCGGAAGUUAUUGAAAUUCGUUCAGAUGGAUCUUCUGGACACUUGGUCCGUGGAGGUUGAAGUCGACGAUAAGUGACAAAUGAUUAUAAUGUUUUCUUUUCUAAUUUAUUUUCUGAAAAUGAUAAAAAUAAAACAAUAUAUAUCACAUUUUAAAUACGAAUGCUAGAGUGUAAUUUUAUGAGUCCUUUCUUUUAAGUUUAGUUUAGUAAAUUGAUUCAAAUGACAGUGAGCGAAAAACAAAAUAUAUAUAUAAAUAGUAACAAAAGGAAAAUGCUAAUAAAUAUGCUGGAUUCAGUUUUACUGCACAAAUAAUUGAUGUAUUCAAAAAACCAUGGUAAAAUAUAUAAUAUUCAUGAAAGAAUCACUUUGGUUCUUCAUAUGGAAUUUUUCAUCCAAAUGGCAUCCGACACAAUAGCUAUAAUAAUUUUAUGCAAAUGAAUUAUGCUUUGAGCAUAAAGUGUACCAUUAUUCAUAAGAGGUAAUGACGAAAACGAUCAAAAUUGAGUCCAGCUACGUUCAGACCAAAAAUAACAACAACACGAAUCAAUGUUUUGUUUGCAUAUUUAAGAAUAUGAACAAACACCAGUAAAUUCACUUUACUUUCACUUUGUCUCUCAUCGAAACGCUCUCAUAAAAUGAAUUUGUACAUAAGUAUGCAUAAAGAUAUGCAUAUAAUUUAUAGAAAAUUGUAUAUAAUUGUGAUUUUUUGAUUUAUUUAUCAAUUUUUAGUGUCAAUAAAGAUUCGAAAACGGUUCUCUCCAUUUUUUAUGUUCAACUCAUUCAGGAAAAUCACACACGAGACAUUCAAUUUAUUGACCACAAUUAUAGUUGUUGCUUGCAAUUAAAACAAAAUGAAUCAUUUUCUUUCUCUGUUUUUGAAUUAACAUUAUGGCUAUGUUUAUGAUGUGUAUUAUUUUAUAUUAAUCCAUAACAAGCCUGUAAUAAUUGAAAAGAAUUAGCUCGAUUCAUGCAUAAAUGAUUAAAAAAACUGUACAUAAAUGAGUUCCAUACAUUGUCAUUGCAAUUGAAUAUGAAGAAUUGGUAGAUAAGGGAGAGAGAUUAUUUUUUUUCGCAAAAUAUUUAUCGAUGACG